AUGGAGCGGUCAAAUAACGCACAGGCGCAGCGUCAGGUGGUAAGCAAGCUGGAGCAGGAACACGAAGCCAAACACCAGCAGGAAAAUGGGCCAGACGACGAAUUGAAAGAUCAAUCAGAGAACGACCCCAGGAACGUUACCAUUAGCGAGCGAUCCGAAGAGUCCGGGCAUGAUAAAAAAUCUGAGCAAGACAUUGCACAGAUAGUGAAGAGCGAAGGCAACUUCGGGAACAAGCCCCGAAGUUCUGUGGACAAGGGAGAGCAGAAUGUUCUAGAAGAGGUGGCUAAAACCGAGAAUCACCACAAGAUAGAUUCUCGCGAAACGAAGAUCAACGAAGGAAACACCCAGCGUCCUUUGCCUGAACAAGGUCCAAUUCGAUCGUCCCUCGACGACAUACAGAAAUGGCCACAGCCCCGAACAUGGCAGGGCCAUAAUCCUGCUGGAGCAAGCCGAACCUCACUACCUCCUUCAGGGGCGUCAUCCAUCGGCUCAUUAUGUCCCCCAAAAACAGGGCGACUAUCUCCAGGACGGUCCUUGGAACAACUGAUGCUGCAACCGGAAAAUAUUGCUCUGCCCAACGCUGUCACGAAGAAAAAGCCUCCACCGCAAAGUACAUUCACGCAAUGGGUCACCAGAGCGCAAUCCACGAAGGGGGCGAAGAAAGAGUCAGCACCAGAACAGCCGGCGGCCGCGCCAGAGGUCCUUGCCUACAGAAUGAAUAUCAACCUGCUGGCCAGUUACUUCUCCAAUUUGAAGAACAUUGCGGCGGAAAAAUCACGUCAGGAUUGGAGUUCUCGCAUUGUCUUGUACGAUUAUGUAGGAUCUGCACAACCUCACGGUCUAAGACGACAAGAGCCAUGGAAAAGCCAUGCAUCCGCACCGCUUUAUCAAGAAUUCUACAGCACAUUGACGAAUAUCCCUGAAAAUUGCGUUCAGCGCAUUGUUCUCGUGGAAGAUCUUACUCCAAUGUUGAUUGACCUUUUGGGAGCGACAUUUCAAAUCCCGCCACAUGUGUUCGAGGAACAUUUGGACCGCUCCGGUUAUGGAAACGCGUUGGAGUCUCGUGGCAAUAAUGCUACUUGGCAUACCCGCUCCUCUACUUAG